AGAUAUCUUUGAAAAUUGCAAAGAUGUAAAUUUUAUAUUGUUGGAAAAAUUUAAUUAAGAUGCCCUUGAGAACUUUUUUUAUAGAAUCCGCGCAACUCAGGGCAUUAAUACGCAUCCAUCGGGCCAUGAAAUUCAGUACAUUGUUGCUCGCUUAAUUUCUAUGAAAAUUUUGAGACGGAAAUUUGAUAAAAAAGGUACAAACUGCGAAGAUGAUGAAGAUUUGAACCUGGAUUGGAAUAUUGCUGAUGAAGAUUCCUUGAAAGACAAUUUAGGACCUUCAGAGCAACUUGCGAUGGAUGUCGAUAUUCCAGAAGAGCAAUUUUCUUGGGAUAUUGACAUUCCUGAAGAGCACUUUGCUCUCGCGGAAGGGGCAUCAGCAGAAAUCCAGGUGCAAAGGUACUACGCAGGUUAUACCAUUUACCAAAAAUUAUUGUCAAAGUCGCAAUGUAAAACUUGUAUUGACGCGAUGGUGAAAACUCCAGGCGAACUGAAAGACUAUUCCGAAGCCUUGAUCCGAGCUAAGAAUUAUAAAGAAUGUCCUGAUGUGAGACUAAUUAAUCCAACUGAGUGGGUAUUUGAAAUAUUGCGCAUGCAGAUGGCAUGGUAUAAGCAUUUAUUUCAGAAAUAUGCUCAUUCAGUUGGAAUUCAUGAACAAAUUGUUAACGCGCUUAUUAAAAAAACAAAUGAAGAAUUUUCGGAAUGGUUUUCAGAAGCCGGAGAUUGUUUUGAGCACCGAAAGCAACUUCUGAAUUCCAUGGUAACCGUAUUACUGUUUAAAAACGCGAGAUGGUUGGCUGGAGAUGAAGCCCAAGCAAACAUGGA